CCCUAACCCUCUCCUCACUCACUUCCACAAAUCGAAAUCAAAUUGUAGAGACAGAGAGAGAAAGAGAGAGAAAUGGAGAAGGCAGGAGGAGCGAUCGCAGUGUCGGCGAUGGACGCGUUCGAGAAACUGGAGAAGGUCGGAGAAGGGACCUACGGCAAGGUUUACAGAGCCAGAGAGAAGGCCACCGGCAAGAUCGUCGCCCUCAAAAAGACUCGCCUCCAUGAGGACGAAGAAGGCGUCCCUCCCACCACUCUCCGCGAGGUCUCCAUUUUGCGCAUGCUCUCCCGCGACCCGCACGUCGUCAGGUUGAUGGACGUGAAGCAAGGCACGAAUAAGGAAGGCAAGACUGUGCUCUACUUGGUGUUUGAGUACAUGGAAACUGAUGUCAAGAAAUACAUUCGCAGUUUCCGUCAAACUGGAGAAAUGAUUCCUGCCCCCGUCGUUAAGAGUCUGAUGUACCAACUAUGCAAAGGUGUUGCCUUCUGCCAUGGUCAUGGAAUCUUACACAGGGAUCUUAAGCCUCACAAUCUCCUGAUGGACCGCAAGAGUAUGAUCCUUAAGAUUGCGGAUCUUGGACUGGCUCGAGCAUUUACUCUGCCCAUCAAGAAGUAUACGCAUGAGAUAUUGACCCUUUGGUAUAGGGCACCUGAAGUCCUUCUGGGAUCCACACAUUACUCAACUGCAGUGGACAUUUGGUCUGUUGGCUGCAUAUUUGCUGAACUUGUCACAAAGCAAGCACUCUUCCCUGGGGAUUCUGAACUGCAGCAGCUCCUACAUAUAUUCAGGUUGUUGGGUACUCCAAAUGAAACAGUGUGGCCAGGUGUAAGCAAACUCAUGAACUGGCAUGAGUACCCCCAGUGGAGCCCUCAGAGUUUGUCCAAGGCUGUUCCAAAUUUGGAUGCUGAUGGGUUGCAUCUGUUGUCGGAAAUGUUGCAAUAUGAGCCUGGAAAACGCAUUUCAGCAAAGAAGGCUAUGGAACACCCUUACUUUGAUGAUUUGAACAAAGCUGGCCUCUGAAAAGAAAGAUGAAGCACAUGACAGAACCACUACAUGUGGAACAUGGAUGGAUUCUCGAAUUGCUCGCUAACAGAUGUUCUGUAGUGAACUUUCUUUGCUUUCCUCAAGCAUAUUUGCAGUUGUGUUAAAUCUAUCUUAGGAUUGAUCUGUAAAAGCGUAUUGCUACUUUGCAUUUAAUUCAGAACCUAAUUACAGUACUUAUAGUUGUCCCUGUGUUGCUCACAAAUUUGGAAAAUAUUGUCAUUUUUUUAUCAUAUCUCUAUCGGAGCUGAGAUGAAUGAUUUAGAUUUUGCUUGAAGCUUUGUAGCUGUUUCACACUUGCCUGGCCACAAACCACAUAAAGAAGGCAGACCAUAAAGUAAGUGAUACUGAAGCAAAUACAUAAGUCCACAGCAUGAUUACUGAACAUUCGUUCUCUCCCGCUCCGAACAAUUGGGUGAUGGUUCCUGCCAUUUACAUAGGAUAAGUGUUGUUCGGAGACGAUUUAGCAGUGUGUCUGAGGCUGACACCUGGGAUAACAGCAGUUGCACAUAGCAACAAAAAGUUGCUAAAAUUGGAGAAAUCUUGCAAGUGAAUUAACUAGGUUUACCUAUGUUCAUUGCAGGUGGGAGUGUAUA